CAUCUUUUCCACUCAAGUGGCAACACCGCGAGUUUUCGUUUUUUUCGCACACGAUAAAUUCGGAAAUUAUUGUAAUUAUUGGAGGAAUUGAAAAAAGAAUAGAGCCCUAGGACAUAUGCAAAGGCUAGACAGCGGGCAAAGGUGUUGUUGCUGCUGCUGCCCUGCCGCCGUGUGAUCGAUUGGGUGUUGCAUGCCUAUGUGUGUGUUGUGGCGUGCUCUGGCGUGCCUCAAGUAAAUAAUGUGGAACAUGAUGUGCGACGUAAUGCCCACGAUUUCGGAGGACAGCAUAUCGCAGCGCUCCUCGCAGUUCAGCGGCGAGGAUGCGAAUUUCGAGCAGCUGAUGGUCUCCAUGCUCGAUGAGCGGGACAAGCUGAUGGACAGCCUGCGUGAGGCGCAGGAACGGCUGGGCGAGACGGAGGUGAAGCUGCACGAUGUCGAAAAGGAGCGUGACAGUCUCCAGCGUCAGAUCAAUGCCAAUCUGCCGCAGGAGUUUGCCACACUCACAAAGGAACUGACACAGGCUCGCGAGACCUUGCUGGAGCGCGACGAGGAGAUUGGCGAACUCAAGGCGGAACGUAAUAAUACCAGGCUUCUACUGGAACAUCUGGAGUGCCUGGUGUCGCGGCAUGAACGCUCCCUUCGAAUGACAGUGGUGAAAAGGCAAGCUGCCGCCCAGAGCGGCGUCUCCAGCGAGGUGGAAGUGCUCAAAGCCCUGAAAUCCCUGUUCGAGCACCACAAGGCGCUGGACGAGAAGGUGCGCGAGCGACUGCGACUCUCCAUCGAGAAGAACAAUGUGCUGGAGGAGGAGCUGAAUACAACCAAAGAGGAGCUGACGCAGUACAAGGCAGGGGGCUCGGGAGUGGGAACAGGGAGUGGCUCCGUUCCAGGCGGCGGCACUGAGAAUGGCCUGAAAGAGAAGAUGGCGGGUGGCGUGGGCGGAGCCGGCGGCGUCAAUGGGGAGGCCAACGAGCUCAACGAUUAUGCGGCCAAAACCCACGAGCUGCAGACGAUCAUCGAAAAGCAGACCUCGGAGCUCUCGCAAUGGCAGCGACGGGUUUCCGAUUUGAACAACAAAAUCAGCGAACUGGAGGAGAAUAUGUCGCGGGUGCAAAAGGAUCAUUGCAAGGCGCAGGAUCAGUGCUCCAAGCUGCAGCGUGAUCUGCGUGAGAAUGUGGCCCAAAAGGAGGAUCAGGAGGAGCGCAUUACCACGCUGGAGAAGCGCUAUGUGAAUGCCCAGCGCGAGUCGACAUCGCUGCAUGAUCUGAACGAGAAAUUGGAGCAGGAAUUGCGGCACAAGGAGGCGCAGCUAAAGCUGCACGAGGAAAAGAUCGGAGCCAUUGAGGAGAAACUGGAGCUAUCCGAACAGAAGCUUGCCCAACAUGCCAAACUUCAGCCCGACAUGGAAGAGCAGCUGAAGGCCCGCAUGGAGGCAUUGACUAAGGUAGGAAAUAAGGCUCAAGAGAGACACGGUUCGGCCGAGGAUCGUAUCCGGGGACUGGAAACGAAUCUGGACGAGAAGACAACGGAGGUUGUAAGACUGAACCAGCGUCUCAAGAUGAACGAGGAGCACAAUCUGCGUCUGUCUUCGACGGUCGACAAGCUGCUCUCAGAGUCCAAUGAGCGGUUGCAGGUGCAUCUGAAGGAGCGCAUGCAUGCUCUGGACGAGAAGAACGUCCUCACGCAGGAGUUGGAGAAGGCGCGCAAGGUGGCCGAGGAGCUGCAUCACGAGAAGAGUGAAAUCAUGAAGGAGCUCUCCAAGACGCGCCUGGAGAUUGAGAACUUUAAGCGGCAGCUGCUGCAGCAGGAGAUCGCCUACAACAUCCAGCAGACGGAGGCCCUUACCCGCAGCCUCUCGCCCAGCAGCGUCAUCGAUGGCAGUGGCCAGUUCUCGCGGAGCGCCUCGCAUGCCAGCUUCGAGACGCACUCGCUGCGGCGCCAGAAACAGUCACGGCUGACGGAAGAGAAUGCCCUGGCCCGCUCCAUGGCCGAGCAGGAGUGGGAGAAGCUGCAGCAGGCGGCGCAUGCCCAGCAACAGGCCUACGACCUGGUGACCAGUGCGGCGGACUGUGACGACAGCGAUGUGCUCUAUGCGGCAGCCACGGCGGACAUGAUGUCACCAUCGGGACACACGGACGCCCAGACACUGGCCAUGAUGCUGCAGGAGCAGCUGGAUGCCAUUAACAAUGAGAUUCGAUUGAUCCAGGAGGAGAAGCAGUCGACGGAGGCGCGUGCCGAGGAGCUGGAAUCGCGAGUCGGCAGUCUGGAGCAUGUGAAUCUGUUGGCCCGCGGUCGGUCCAUGGACAGGCAGAGUCCAGAAAUGAGUGGGAGGAGCACUCCCAACAGCCCGCAAAGGGAUUUCAUGCAGAAAUAUCAUACGCUCAACUUGCCCGUGCUGUCCAGCGAUGCCUCACGCGAGGAACUCCAUGGGGGCAUGUCCACCACUGGCGAUUCGAGCUCUGGCGGUGCUGCAUCACCUCUGACGGCCCGUUCGAUGCGCUUGGAGCGUGUGGCACAGGCCCUGGCCCACAGUCAGGAGGAGCUGCGUCGUCGUUCGAUUGGAUUGAACCCGAAUGCGGCUGUUUCGCAAAACCACAACCACAUGGCCAUGAGCAGUCACGGCAGCUACGGCCUGUCGCCUUUGAGUUCGCGCUACGGCAGCCAGGAGUCGCUGCGCCACUACAACACUAUGGGCUCCAUGUCCAUGCUGCAGACACCCACCUCGGGCGUGUCCAGAGAGGCCGCCGCUGCGGCCGUGCAGAAGAAGAAGGGCAUCAAGUCCUCGCUUGGGCGUUUCUUUAGCAAAAAGGAGAAGGUCAAGGGCGUCAAGGACACGCUGCCGGACGGUUCGCCCAGCAUGAUGUCCAUUGGCAACCUAUCGAUCGGCCUGAGCGAAGUGGACUCCAACUACGAUGCCAUGAGCAUGACGGGAGGCAUGAUGCCGCGGAUCGCCAGUGCACAGGGAUCAAAGAUCAGCAGCGUCGACUAUGGCAGGCAGAAAAAAGAGCACGACUAUCGCAACGAUUUGUUGGGUGAGGCCAUGAAGGCGGGCACACCGUUUGCCCUGUGGAAUGGUCCCACAAUUGUGGCCUGGCUGGAGCUGUGGGUGGGCAUGCCCGCCUGGUAUGUGGCCGCCUGUCGGGCCAAUGUCAAAUCGGGUGCCAUUAUGAGUGCCCUCAGCGAUACGGAAAUACAGCGAGAGAUUGGCAUUAGCAAUCCCUUGCACAGACUCAAAUUGCGUUUGGCCAUACAGGAAAUGGUUUCAUUAACCUCUCCCUCGGCGCCACAAACCUCCAGAACCACAUUGGCAUUUGGCGACAUGAAUCACGAGUGGAUUGGCAACUAUUGGCUGCCUGGACUGGGUCUGCCGCAAUAUCGCACAACAUUUAUGGAGUGUCUAGUCGAUGCCCGCAUGCUGGACCAUCUUACCAAGAAGGAUUUGCGUGGCCAGCUGAAAAUGGUGGACAGUUUUCAUCGCACCAGCCUGCAGUACGGCAUAUCAAUGCUCAAACGCUUGAAUUACGAUCGCACCGAGCUGGAGCACAGGCGAAAGAUGAGCGAGAAUGGACUGUGCGAUGUGCUGGUGUGGAGCAAUGAACGUGUCAUACGCUGGGUGGGCAGCAUAGGACUUAAAGAAUAUGCCAACAAUCUGCUCGAAUCGGGUGUGCAUGGGGCAUUGAUGGCCCUGGAUGAGGGCUUCGAUGCCACUGCCAUGGGCCUGGCCCUACAAAUACCCACACAAAAUGCUCAGGCUCGCCAAAUACUCGAUACGGAGUUCAAUAAUCUCCUGCAAAUUGCCACAGAUCGGAGGCCGGAGAACGAGCAGCGUAGCGCAUCCUGAUGCAGCUACAGUCCGCCCACAACAUCGGUGGAUGAGUAAUCAGUAAAGCAAAGCAAAGAAGCAGGCACUAAAAAAAGACCACGGGCAAAAGACCUUUUUCCUAAGCCUAAGAACUAGAAAUGAAGCAGCUGAUGAGAGACAGAAAUGAAAUGUAAUGUUAGCAUCCACUAAAAGCCACAAAAAAUUCUAACAAGAAAGACGCAACGCAAGAGACUCCCCCCGCAGCAUGAUGCACGUCUAAUCCAUAUGCAAUAUAUAUAU